CCGGCUUCCUCUUCGCCGCGGCGGCGUUGGGCAGGCGCGGGCGCUCGGGUGACUGCAGCGGCCCGGCUCCCUCCCCGUCCCGCGCCCCUGGCCGCCCGUCGCCUCGCUCGGGCUGAAUGGUUGCAGCUGGCUGGGUGGCUCCAGGAUGUUAGGGACUGUGAAGAUGGAAGGGCAUGAGAGCAGCGACUGGAACAGCUACUACGCGGACACUCAGGAGGCCUACUCCUCCGUCCCGGUCAGCAACAUGAACUCGGGCCUGGGCUCCAUGAACUCCAUGAACACCUACAUGACCAUGAACACCAUGACCACGAGCGGCAACAUGACGCCGGCUUCCUUCAACAUGUCCUACGCCAACCCGGGCCUGGGCGCUGGCCUGAGCCCCGGCCCGGUGGCCGGCAUGCCGGGAGGCUCCGCGGGCGCCAUGAACAGCAUGACGGCGGCGAGCGUGACGGCCAUGGGGACGGCGCUGAGCCCGGGUGGCAUGGGCGCCAUGGGCGCGCAGCCCGCGGCCUCCAUGAACGGCCUGGGCCCCUACGCGGCCAUGAACCCUUGCAUGAGCCCCAUGGCGUACGCGCCAUCCAACCUGGGCCGCAGCCGCGCGGGCGGCGGGGGCGACGCCAAGACUUUCAAGCGCAGCUACCCGCACGCCAAGCCGCCCUACUCCUACAUCUCGCUCAUCACCAUGGCCAUCCAGCAGGCGCCCAGCAAGAUGCUCACUCUGAGCGAGAUCUACCAGUGGAUCAUGGACCUCUUCCCCUACUACCGGCAGAACCAGCAGCGCUGGCAGAACUCCAUCCGCCACUCGCUGUCCUUCAACGACUGCUUCGUCAAGGUGGCGCGCUCCCCGGACAAGCCGGGCAAGGGCUCCUACUGGACGCUGCACCCGGACUCCGGCAACAUGUUCGAGAACGGUUGCUACUUGCGCCGUCAGAAGCGCUUUAAGUGCGAGAAGCAGCCCGGGGCCGGCGGCGGGGGCGGGAGCGCGGGCGGUGGCUCCAAGGGCGGCCCGGAAAGCCGCAAGGACCCCUCUGGCACCGGGAACCCCAGCGCCGAGUCGCCCCUUCACCGGGCCGUGCACGCCAAGGCGAGCCAGCUAGAGGGCGCGCCGGCCCCCGGGCCCGGGCCCGCCGCCAGCCCCCAGACUCUGGACCAUAGCGGGGCGACGGCGACAGGGGGCGCCUCGGAGUUAAAGACUUCAGCCUCUUCUACUGCGCCCCCCAUAAGCUCUGGGCCCGGGGCGCUGGCAUCUGUGCCCCCCUCUCACCCGGCGCACGGCCUGGCACCCCACGAGUCCCAGAUGCACCUGAAAGGGGACCCCCACUACUCCUUCAACCACCCCUUCUCCAUCAACAACCUCAUGUCGUCCUCAGAGCAGCAGCACAAGCUGGACUUCAAGGCUUAUGAGCAGGCCUUGCAGUACUCGCCCUACGGAGCCACCUUGCCCGCCAGCUUGCCUCUGGGCAGCGCCUCAGUGGCCACCAGGAGCCCCAUCGAGCCCUCAGCCCUGGAGCCGGCCUACUACCAAGGUGUGUAUUCCAGACCCGUCCUAAACACUUCCUAGCUCCUGGAACUGGGGGGUUUGUCUUCAUGACCAUGCUGGUAGAAGGAGAAAGAGAGAGCAAGAAAAAAAAAAAUCAGCAAGCAAAACUACUCAUACCAAACCAUCAACAGCAUAGUAAAAUCCCAACUGUUUUUAUGCACAAAUUUUCCCCAGUGCAAAGGACUGUUACUUUACUAUUGUAUUCAAAACUCGUUGUGUAUAUUAUUACAAAACAACCAAUCCCGCACCAAUUUUUUCCUGCGAAGUUUAAUAAUCCACAAGUGUAUAUAUAUAUAAUCUCACUCCUUCCUUGUCCUCUUCCCUUUUGUCCCUCUUUCCCCUCCAUACCCACUCUAGGCUGCGCAGGGUUUAUUUAAAGGAAAGAAAGAAAAGAAAGAAAGAAAGAAAGAAAGAAAGAAAGAAAGAAAGAAAGAAAGAAAGAAAGAAAGAAAGAAAGAAAGAAAGAAAGAAAGAAAGAAAGAAAGAGAGAGAGAAAGAAAGUCAAGUUUGUAAAAUAUUUGUUUGUGCUUUUUCCCCCCUCCUUCUCACCUGACCCCACCGCACGAGUUUCCAGGUCUGUGGCAAUACUCUUAUCCAUAAGAGUUGAGAAAGUGACGACACAGGUAGACACUGGGGGCUCUUCAAAGUAUCAAAAGGCAGUGCUGCAGUUGUGCAUCACAAACAUCAGAGCCAUUUGUUUUUCAUCUUACAUUUCUGAUACAUUCAGCAGAUGUCUUCAAAUGAAACACACAUAUAUUGUCUAUGGACUUAAUUAUGCUCAGAUAUGUAGACAUCCUCCAUAUAUUUGCAUAAUGUUAGAGGUAAUAGGUAGGUAAUACACAUGCUACAUUUUCAAGAGUUGCCUGACCAAGAAGUUACAAGCACCCCCCCCCCCUUGUCCUUUCUGUCCACUUUUGGUCCUGGGAAUCUCUUCUCGGGAAUUGCCCUCCUCAAGAACUCUGAUCCUUGCUUUGCAGAGUGCCAUGGUCAUGUCAUUCUAAGGUCACAUAAAGUAUAAAAUUAGCUUUUGUGUAUGUAUACUGUUUAAAGGAUUUUCCCCCCAGACAAAAAAGAAUAUCACUUAGUUGGAGCAGAGAGAUAUAGAGUUCUUUCUCAAAAUUUGGUCCAAGAUUCCAAAAUCCUAUUGAUUGUGGCCAUUUUAAUUAUUGCUAUCGUGUGCUUGUUUCACCCAGUGUUGAUGCACUUUCCACAGCUGGUCAUGGUGUUAGCAUAGACAGACGGGUUUCAUUAUAAUUCCUUUUUGCCUUCUCAAUGUUAAUUUAUUGCAUGGUUUAUUCUUUUCCUUUACAGCUAAAAUUGCUUUAAUCAUGGUUAAUAUUGCAAAUUAAAAUGUUAAUUUUUAUCAAUGUGAUUGUAAUUAAAAUAUUUUGAUUUAGAUAACAAAAAUAAUACCAGAUUUUAAGCCGUGAAAUAUGUUCUUGAUCAUUUGCAGUUAAGGACUUUAAAUAAAUCAAAUGUUAACAAAAAGGA